AUACAGACACACACACACACACCAGUCACUUACUGGAUCUGCUCUUUGUUAUCGCAGCCUUGUGUGUGUGUGUGUUUGGGAGAAAGAAGAAGAAGAAGGAGAAGAAGGAGGGAGUUUGUUUUUUUCUCCUUUUUGACCGGAUUGAUUUCUGACUGAACCUGGAUCUGGUUAGUUUCUCUCCGGGAGGAAGAAGCUGCUGCUGCCGCCGCUGCUGCUGCUGCUUCGGGAACCAGAGCCGACGCUGCUUCUCCCGCAGUCACACAAACUGCCCGGAACAAGGGCGACGUUAGCGAGGUUCACUCCUCUCCCCUCGCCCGGUGCCGUCUGUCAGCCUCCCCCCUGCAUUUCCGUCGUCCCCUCCGCCGCCGCAGUUGUCAACUUGGAGCCGUGCUGGGAAAUGGACAAACCCCUCUGAAGUGGAGCCGCUGCCCGCCUCAUCAACACAGCCGUGAUUCGGACGCGGAUUCCCGGAGUGGAGAGGAACAUGUUUACUACCCUGUUUCCAUGGUAACCCAGAGGAGCAUGCACGUCCAGGUCAGGAAAUAACCUCAGUUUUACGUCUAUCCGCCUGCCUCCUGCGAGAACUACCAGUACCCACAAUUCUUGGGAACUGACAACCCAAACUGACGUUGAGAUCGGUUUGACAAAGACAUUCAGAGGAACAACAACUACAACAAAACAACUACACUUCUGUGAAGAGGACCAAUAUGGCCAACAACACGGCGGAUCACCCUCCGGGGAAUUCGGUUGCCGAGGGCAACCAUGACGGGGACUUUGGGAUGGCCGUGACGGAUCUGAGGGAUCUGAUGGAGCUGCGGAGCGCAGAGGCCGUCAACAAGAUUCAGAACAUGUAUGGAGACGUGCAGGGCAUCUGCCGCUGCCUGAAAACAUCACCAAUAGAAGGUCUGUCUGGUAACCCCGUUGAUCUGGAGAAACGUCACACGGCGUUUGGCAAAAAUUUCAUCCCCCCCAAGAAGGCCAAGACGUUUCUGCAGCUGGUGUGGGAGGCUCUGCAAGACGUCACGCUUAUCAUCCUGGAAAUCGCUGCCAUCAUCUCACUGGGCCUGUCCUUCUACCAUCCACCAGGGGGAGACAGUGAAGCAUGCGGUCAGGUAGAAGGAGGCGUGGAGGACGAGGGCGAGGCCCAGGCUGGCUGGAUCGAAGGUGCUGCUAUCCUGUUCUCGGUCAUCAUUGUGGUGCUGGUGACGGCCUUCAACGAUUGGUCCAAGGAGAAGCAGUUCCGUGGGCUGCAGAGUCGCAUCGAGCAGGAACAGAAGUUCACUGUCAUCCGCAAAGGCCAGGUCAUCCAGAUCCCCGUGGCUGAGCUUGUGGUGGGAGACAUCGCUCAGAUCAAAUACGGUGACCUUCUGCCUGCUGAUGGGAUCCUGAUCCAAGGAAAUGACUUGAAGAUUGACGAAAGCUCACUGACCGGAGAAUCCGACCAGGUCCGCAAAUCUAUGGAGAAGGACCCCAUGCUGCUGUCCGGAACCCACGUGAUGGAAGGAUCAGGCAGGAUGGUGGUGUCAGCCGUCGGCCUCAACUCUCAAACCGGCAUCAUCUUUACUCUCCUGGGAGCCAGUGAGCACGACGAAGAGAAGAAGGUCAAGAAAAGUAAAAAACAAGGACCCCCCGAAAAUCGCAACAAAGCCAAGACGCAGGAUGGCAUCGCCCUUGAGAUCCAGCCACUGAAGAGCGAGGAGGCCGCCGAGUUGGAGGAGAAGGAGGAGGCCAAACCAGUGAAGAAGGUCAACGUGACCAAGAAGGAGAAGUCGGUGCUGCAGGGCAAAUUGACCAAACUGGCUGUACAGAUCGGGAAGGCUGGUCUGAUCAUGUCGGCUGUGACUGUCAUCAUCCUCAUCCUCUACUUUGUGAUCCACACCUUCGGGAUCCAGGGUCGCACCUGGCUGCGUGAGUGCACCCCCAUCUACAUCCAGUACUUUGUCAAGUUCUUCAUUAUUGGUGUGACGGUGCUGGUGGUGGCCGUCCCCGAGGGGCUGCCUCUUGCUGUCACCAUCUCUCUGGCCUACUCUGUUAAGAAAAUGAUGAAGGACAACAACCUGGUGCGUCACUUGGAUGCCUGCGAAACCAUGGGCAACGCCACGGCCAUCUGUUCAGACAAGACGGGCACGCUGACCAUGAACCGGAUGACAGUGGUGCAGGCGUACAUCGGUGACACACACUACAAAACUGUCCCUGAACCAGACGCGAUCAAACCAGAGACUCUGGAAGUUUUGGUCAACAGCAUCUCCAUCAACUCCGCGUACACAACCAAGAUCCUGCCUCCAGAGAAAGAAGGCGGCCUGCCGCGCCAUGUGGGCAACAAGACCGAGUGUUCUCUGCUGGGCCUGGUGCUGGAACUGAAGAGGGACUACCAGCCAAUCAGAGAGGAGAUCCCAGAAGAGAAGCUCUACAAGGUUUACACCUUCAACUCCUCCCGUAAGUCCAUGAGCACGGUGCUGAAGAACGCCGAUGGAGGCUUCCGCAUGUACAGCAAAGGAGCGUCAGAGAUCGUCCUGAGGAAAUGCUCUCGUAUCUUGGACACCCAGGGGCAGCCUCGCAUCUUCAAGCCCAAGGACCGCGACGAGAUGGUGCGUAAGGUGAUCGAGCCGAUGGCGUGUGACGGGCUUAGGACCAUCUGCGUUGCCUACAGAGACUUUCCAGCCGAGGCUGGAGAGCCAGACUGGGACAUUGAGAACGACAUCCUGAAUGAGCUCACCUGCAUCGCCGUGGUCGGCAUCGAGGAUCCCGUCAGACCUGAGGUACCUGAGGCCAUUUCUAAGUGUCAGCGUGCAGGCAUCACUGUGCGCAUGGUUACCGGAGAUAACAUCAACACCGCACGUGCUAUUGCAACCAAGUGUGGCAUCCUGCUGCCUGGGGAGGAUUUCUUGUGUAUGGAGGGCAAGGAGUUCAACCAGCAGAUCAGAAAUGACCAAGGAGAGGUGGAACAAGAGCGUCUGGACAAAGUUUGGCCCAAACUGCGCGUCUUGGCUCGUUCUUCCCCGACAGACAAACACACUCUGGUUAAAGGAAUCAUCGACAGCACGGUGGGUGAAACCCGACAGGUGGUGGCAGUGACGGGAGACGGCACCAACGACGGCCCCGCCCUCAAGAAAGCAGAUGUUGGCUUUGCCAUGGGAAUCGCUGGCACAGACGUGGCGAAGGAGGCGUCUGACAUCAUCCUGACCGACGACAACUUCACUAGCAUCGUCAAGGCCGUCAUGUGGGGGAGGAACGUCUACGACAGCAUCUCAAAGUUCCUGCAGUUCCAGCUGACCGUCAACGUGGUGGCUGUGAUCGUGGCGUUCACUGGUGCCUGCAUCACACAGGAUUCUCCCCUGAAGGCUGUACAGAUGCUGUGGGUGAACCUCAUCAUGGACACUCUGGCUUCUCUCGCUCUGGCCACUGAGCCGCCCACCGAGUCUCUGCUGCUGCGUAAACCUUACGGCCGCAACAAGCCUCUCAUUUCCCGGACCAUGAUGAAGAACAUUCUGGGCCACGCUGUGUACCAGCUCGUCAUCAUCUUCACCCUGCUCUUCGCUGGUGAGACGUUUUUCGACAUCGACAGCGGCCGCAACACUCCCCUGCACUCACCGCCAACUGAGCAUUACACCAUCGUGUUCAACGUGUUCGUCAUGAUGCAGCUCUUCAAUGAAAUCAACGCCAGGAAGAUCCACGGAGAAAGGAACGUGUUCGAGGGCAUCUACAGGAAUCCCAUCUUCUGCAGCGUCGUUCUGGGAACCUUCAUCCUGCAGAUCGUCAUCGUUCAGUUCGGAGGGAAGCCGUUCUCCUGCACAGCUCUGACCAUCGACCAGUGGCUGUGGUGCGUGUUCAUCGGUGUGGGAGAGCUGCUGUGGGGUCAGCUGAUCUCGGCCAUCCCCACCCACCACCUGAAGUUCCUAAAGGAGGCCGGUCACGGCACCACAAAGGAGGAGAUCCACGAGGAGGAGCUGACGGAGGGAGCAGAUGAGAUCGACCACGCCGAGAUGGAGCUGAGGAGAGGCCAGAUCCUCUGGUUCAGAGGUCUGAACCGCAUCCAGACCCAGAUUAAGGUGGUGAACGCGUUCCGUAGCUCCCUGCGGCUGGAGAGCCCAGAGUCCCGUAGCUCCAUCCACAGCUUCAUGGCCCAUCCCGAGUUCGUGCCCCUGUCCGAGGAGGAGGCUCGCAUCCCCCCCAUCGAGGAGACCGGUGACGAGAUCGAGUCCCUUCCCAGCGCCUCCUCUGGGGCGAUGGGAGGAGGAGAGCCGCCCAGCGCCCUCCCCCACAGCCGCGACCCAUCCGUCUGAGCUCCUCCUCCUCUCCCCACUUCCUCCUCCUCCUCCCUCCUCUUCAUCAGCAUCACGUGUCAUCCCACCAACUGAACUGCCGCACUGAGGAGGGAAGUCAUCACUUCACUCAUUCCUUCAUUCUGCACGCACACACGCUUCACGUCGUCUUCGUCCCCCCCCCCCCCCCGUCAGUAAUUCCUGCCACGUUGUGUUUUUCAUACUGACUGUGGCGUCAUUCUGCCUGUAAGUCUGCCCCCUCCCACCCCCCGACCCCUCCCACCCACCACACACGCCAAUCAGUGGAGGGUGGAAUCUCCGCAGCGGAAGGCUUGUCCUGUCGUCCAUCCAUGUAUAUUUUUUACCUGAUGAUCCUUUUGGAAAAGCUUUUAAACAACGUUGGGUUCGAUCUGCGGGACUCGCAGCAGCAUGUCGUGUUCUGUACUCGCUUCAUUCCCGCUUUUUACGCUCUCGAAAAUGGCACCGAACUUUUCAACGAGUGCAGUGAUUCUCAUGUACAUACGCUUCCGCUCUUCUACACAGCUAACAGCCGGGUUUUGGUGAUCAGAAGAUUUUUAGGCAAAAAUGCAAAAAUGUAACCUUUUUAUUUUAUUUUUGAUUUAAAUUUUUUUUAGAUGUUGAGCAUUUGUUUGUUUUUAAAAACCUCUGAAGAAUGUUAAUCGAUGGUUGAUUCCAACUCCAGAGAAUGUCUUGUGACUGUGACACUACAGUCUUCAAGGUCCAGCUGUUUAAACAAUGUUCUUCCCUUUAUCGUGUCUGUAUGUGUUGGUUCUUUUUCUUUUCGCUGCUGUGUUGCAUGUGGAAAAACAGAAUGUUUAUUACCCAAAAAUAUCGAAGCGUGGCGCUUUCUGCUGAGAGGGCGUCUGACCUCAUCUCAUCCAGUCAGGGUCCUGCUUCUCUCUCUCUCUCUCUCUCUCUCUCUGCCCCUCCCCCUUUCGUACAUCCACAGCGCUGAUAGGACACAAGCCGCGUGGAUCACAUUCCCCUUCUAGUACGAUGCAUGUUCUGCUUCAUUGGUGUUGAGUCGCAUGAUAACUUGGAAUGAAUAGUCGGGAUUCUGUUUAGACGACCAUCUGUGUGUUAGUCUGCAGCAGCACCUGUUCAGAGAACUCCUGUCUGACUGAACAUCCUGUUUCCACAACAGCUCGAGAACAGACUCAUCAAUACUCAGCGAGGUGGCAGUUAAAGCCUCCUCGUGCUCGACAGCAGGACGGUGGGCGUCUACAUGUACGUGGACGUUCUCCACACGCCGGCUCACUUGUAGGCGAAUACAAUCUGUGUUGAGUCCACGCGGUCCAGAAUUUUGCAGAUCACGGGGGAAAGUGAUUCACCCGUGCAGGUGAAGGUGCCAGAACACAUCACAGCCCACAUUGGGCGAAAGCCGGGUGCAGCCCAGUCUGCUCUGCUCCUCCUCUCAAGGAGACCGAUGGUGAGAGACUCUAAUUCGAUAAGACCGACCCUCCAGAAGCUUGGCAACCAAUCAGAAAUGACUUCCUGUGAUCACUGACACUGUGAGGGGACCACCGACCGCUGUCCCACUGUGUCGUCCUUGUAGGUUUCUUCAGAUUGCAACAACGCAGAGAUUUUAAUUUGGUGUCAAAGUCGAGAAAAUAUUCAGCUCACUAAUUUAUCGUUGUGGCACCAAGCGCGGUCCCGUCCCACCUCGUCUUCCCGCUUGUCCCUCAGUUCUCAAAAUCUUAAGAUCAAACUUGUAUUUAUUCGAUAUAUCUUUCCUCUGUAUAUACGUUAAUGGGAUAAAUGUAGAUUUUCAACUCAAGCUUAAACACGUUCAACCCUGUGAACAGUUCUCAUCUUCAGUUUUCACCCAGAGCAAGGUCACGCUUUCCUAUUUCGUCUCUCCACUGACCUCACAUGUCGUCCACCUCGAAGAGCAGAUUGAGUCUAAACGUGUGUGAAGACAUGAAAAGUAUCACUGAGUCUGUUUUGCUUCGCGGUGCAGGUCGUCCUGUUGGACGGACACAAGCUUCUUGUAUCUCUGAACAUGUUCUGGACUGUGUGUCUGUGUCAAAGACGAAUCUUAGCACCGCAUCCGAUGUUUCCCAUGUUUUUCAGAUUUUACUAACAGAAACUAAAUUGGCUGUCAGUGACCUCCCACAGCCGCAGCAGAGGAGGUGUUUGAUCACCAUCUUCAUCAUCACCCCCACCCUUCUGCUGCUGCUGGGUUCGAUUAACAGACGUCAGUGUGGCGGCCACGCUGAGGUUUAUGGAAGACUUGAUGAUUUCAGUCUGUAGAGUUUAAUCCACUGUGUGAUCCUGCUGCCGCUCUGUACUUCCUGCCCGUUGUUGUCUGCAGAUUAAAAGAAGAAGGAAUCAUCCUCCAAUCAGAAGCAGCAAUGCGUCUAAUCCCCUCUUAGUCCGACCGGCGGCCAUCGGCCGGUGUACGACCCGUUAUCGCAGUGACGUGCUACUACUGCCAUAUUUCAACUUUUUGUCACGACUAGGUUCUUCCUCUCCCCGCUGACGAGCUUUUUCUAUGUAACUCAGAGCCAUAUUUUAUAGGUUGUCUGUAUUGUUUUUUAUCUCAUUGUUCUCGAGGUUUCCUUUGGACUUUCUCACCCACGACCCCCUCUGACCCCCGACUCCCCCUCCCCCCCCUCCCGGCCCUUUACUCCAAACAUGACCAAAAAGCAAGGAGAAAAUCUUCAGUCGUCACUGCCGAAACCAAGAUUAAAGGACCUCUACAAUGUUUACAUGAAAAGCGAGUGGGUGGCAGUUCGCCUGCGCUUCUCUCAUCCGACCACUUCCCUUUCAUUCCCUUGCUUUCCAGAAUCUUAAAGUUACUAUUUAACUAAAUGGGGAAUCUUUCUUGCAUGGUUUUCAUAUAAAAUUCAAUGUUUUGCUCAUUUUUUACAAUUCUUCUGUAUUUUUAUAUUAAGUACUUUUUAAUAUUUUGGAGAUAUAUGAAUAUAUAUGUAUAGGCUGGAGAGUUUGGUGACAGUGCAGUACAUGAAUGAGAUGAAUCUACCGUGGACUCUUUUUACAGCUCUCUAAAUAUUUAUGCCACGUGUGUCGUCUUGGUCACCUGAUGUUAGGGCUCAGAAAUCUGCAGUGACUUGUUUACUUCCUGUCGGCCGCUCAAUUGGAAUCUCAACAAUCUUUUCUCAUCCGCCCCCUUUUACCACUUGAUCUAAAUGUUGUGACACACUACACGCUCUGUGAUUUCAAAGUUAUCCGACUCCAUUAGACUUCAGCAAAUGCAACAUGAAUACAGCUAACUGUAUCAACCAUUAAAUGGGAGUGUAUAAUUAUUUAUCCAA